CAGCCGAACUCGCUUACCCAGCGGCCACUGCGCAGCCUCAACUUACAGACCUGGCGAAGGGCUCCGGGAGUGUUUCCCAUUUAAACAAACAGUGCCGAAGAUGGCGGAGAGUUAAUGGUGUAAAGAAGAAAUUAUCGAUCCGGGAGGGAGAUAACGCUUUUCCCCAGAGUCAAUUGAUCAGCCCAGAAAGGAGAACACCCCCAGAGUGAGGGGGGGGCAGCUGACCGUCUGUCAUCUUGGCGCCAUCACAAGGGGCUGAUAUGUGCAAGCGAUGAGCGGACUGGGGGAGAACUCCAUGGAGCCUCUGAGCUCGGAAAACCGCAAACGCAAACUGUCCACUUGCGACACGCCCGGUCUGGGGUGUGAGAGAAAGCGUCGGGAGCAGGAGAGCAAAUACAUCGAGGAGCUGGCCGAGCUGAUCUCGGCUAACCUCAGCGACAUCGACAGCUUCAAUGUCAAACCGGACAAGUGUGCCAUCCUAAAAGAGACGGUGCGCCAGAUACGGCAGAUCAAGGAGCAAGGGAAAGCUUCAUCCAAUGACGAUGAUGUCCAGAAAUCAGACGUGUCUUCAACUGGUCAGGGGGUCAUUGACAAGGACCACCUGGGGCCACUUCUGCUGCAGGCUCUGGAUGGCUUCCUGUUCGUGGUGAACCGGGAGGGCAGCAUCGUGUUUGUGUCUGACAACGUCACCCAGUACCUGCAGUACAAGCAGGAGGAGCUUAUCAAUACCAGCGUGUACAAUAUCCUGCAUGAGGAGGACCGGGAGGACUUUCACAAGAACCUGCCCAGGACCAACAUAAAUGGCGUUUCGUGGGGGAACGAGGCAGCCCGACAGAAGAGCCACACCUUCACUUGCCGGAUGCUGGUCAAGUUUGGCCACGCCCACGGCCCAAUGGAGGAGGGGCCAGGAGGACCGCGCUACGAGACCAUGCAGUGUUUUGCUCUUACUCAGCCCAAGGCCAUGAUUGAAGAGGGAGAAGACCUUCAAUCAUGUAUGAUCUGCGUGGCCCGUCGGGUCACAGCCAUGGAGAGGACCGAGAGUUUCAACACCCGACACGAGCUGUCAGGUAAGCUGAUCCAGAUCGACCAGAGCUCUCUGCGGGCGUCCAUGCGUCCGGGCUGGGAGGAUCUGUUGAGGCGCUGCAUUCAGAUGUUCCUUCAGCACAGCGACGGGCAGCCCUGGUCGCACAAGCGCCAUUACCAUGAGGCUUUUCUCCAGGGUCACGCCGAGACGCCCCUGUAUCGCUUCUCCCUGUCCGAUGGCACCCCAGUCACAGCCCAGACCAAGAGCAAACUGUACCGGCACCCCAUGAGCAACGAGCCGCAGGGUUUCAUCUCAACUCACCUGCUACAGAGGGAACCCAACGGCUACCGCUCAGCGCCAGGCGGUAACAUGAUGUCCAACACCAUGAGACAACAAGGCAUGGGCGGUCCCAACAUAAACCCCCAGAUGAACGUGAACGCAGGCGGCGGGAUGGGGAUGGCAGGAAUGGGCGGCAUGAACCGGGGCUUCGGCAUGAGCGAGCAGGCCCACAUGGGCCACAUGGGUCCGAUGGGAGGCGGCUCCGUGUACGGAGGGAAUGGCGGAGGAGGAAGUGGCGGAGGCCUGGGCAGCCGCAUGAUGCAGAUGAAUCAAAUGAACCAGAUGAGUCAGAUGGGCCCAAUGAAUCACCCCGCCCCGGGCAUGCAACAACACCCGCAGCAGCCCCCGUUUCAGAGCACCGGCGGCUUCGGACUCAGUGGGAUGAACAGUCCAUCGGUGAGCCCCAGAAUGGGCGGUCCGCAGCAGGGACUGCUCAUGUCCCCCCGGAACAGAGGAAGCCCAAAGAUGGGGGCCAACCAGUUCUCACCUGGGGGAAUGCAUUCUCCUAUGAGCGGCCUUGGCAGUGGAGGAGGAGGCGGGGGCAGCACCUGCAGCUUCUCCAGCAGCUCUCUUAAUGCCCUGCAAGCUAUCAGUGAAGGAGUGGGGAGCUCACUUCCCUCCACGCUUACAUCCCCCUCACCGGCCCACAAACCAGACAGCUCUCCCAGCGUCCAUUCCUCUUCCCAGUCCAGUCAUCAGGCAAAACCAGGACAAGAUUGCUCUAAAAGUCCGGCCGGCGGCUUAGGGCCCGGACCCGGUGACCAUCACCUCCCAGUUCACCACCCCCACCAUCAGCAUCCCCAGGCUGAGAGCUCUGCAGAGCGACCGGACAGUCAGGCGGCCGCAGGAACUAAGGAGUGUGGAGAAGUGAGCAACGAGGCAGGGAUGGCGAACGCUGACCCCCCUCGGAGGCUGCCAGACAGUAAGGGGCACAAGAAGUUGCUGCAGUUGCUGACUUCUCCAACCGAAGAGCUGGGGAUCAGUGGAAGCGGACCUCCGGGGCCUCCUGGACCCCCUCCACCCAACAGCAGCGGCACUCCUGUGGGCUCGGACAGCAAGGAGGCCACCGGAGGGAUGACCAGCCCCUCAUCCACCGGGGUUACCUCCUCUUCCUCGGCUGGUGGCAGCUCGGGGCCGGCGGCCGGCCAAGGCGGCGCGUCGGCGUCCGCUCACUACACAGGGUCGCUGCAAGAGAAGCACAAGAUCCUUCACAAGCUCCUACAGAACGGCAAUACUCCGGACGAGGUUGCAAAGAUUACCGCCGAGGCGACAGGAAAGGUGACGCUCGGAGGCCAGGAGGGCGGCGAGGGAGGAGCAGGAGGCCCAGGGGCCGGCUCGGGCCCUGGGUUAAUCGCGGACCCCAAACAGGAGCAGCAUAGCCCGAAGAAGGAGAAAACCCACGCCCUCCUCCACUACCUCCUCAACAAGGAUGACUCCAAAGAACAAGUGGACGUGAAGCCCAAACUUGAAGAUUUGGAGGGGAAGGGUCUUCCGGCAGCUGUCGGCGGACCCGCACUUGAACAUGCCGAGAGCAAGAUCAAGUCAGAACCUCCUGAUGAUUUACACAACCUGGAGUCUAUUCUGGUUGAUCUCCGGGGUUCAAGCUCUGACUUUUACCCUGAUCAGACUGGAGGUGCCGGGGCGAACAACGCGGGAAACAAACCACAGGGUUGCCUUGAUGACAGCCUGCAGGGGAGUCCAGCAAUGGGUCCAGGGCCUCGAGGGCCCUUCCAGAGGACCAUGUCCAUGGAUGGGAAGCCACCGGGGGCACCUGGAGGACCAGUUAGGCGGCCGAUGCUUAUCAAGCAGGAGAACAUGAUGGGCAGCCCAGACGGCUUCCCAGGAAACUUGGGACCAAUGAAUAGAGGCGCAGGUCCCCAGAGGUCUCCCAUGGGGGGUUCUGGGGACUGGAAGCCCCGUUCUAGUACCAGCCCCGUGAGUUCAGCAGGACACCCGUCCAUGAUGCGCCCGGGCAUGGAGUACAACGGGAAGAGCGUGAUGUCAGGACCCAUGGUCAGCCGCUCCAACAGUGUGACGGGCAACAGGUCGAUGCUGCAGCAACAGCUCAUGGAUAUGGGAGGUUCUUCUGAUAUGGGCAUGGGUAUGAGCCCCUUCAGUCAGCAGGGCCAGCCCAGCCAAUCCCCUUCCUGGCCUGAACCCAUGAUGAACAUGGAGGGAAACAGGCGACAGUUUGGCAACCCUUUAGAUGACCUUCUGGUCCCUCCCACCACCAGCGAGGGUCAGAGCGAUGAGAGGGCACUUCUGGACCAGCUGGAUUCGCUGCUGAAUAACACAGACGGCAUCGCUCUGGAGGAGAUCGACCGAGCUCUCGGUAUCCCAGACCUUGUCAGCCAGACCCAGGGAGCGGAGCAGCAGCUGGAGCAUUUCCCGGGACAGGACCCGUCCAUGUUGCUUGAGCAAAAGCCUCUGUAUGGACCCGGCUAUCCCGGACCACCCGCCAUGCCCAUGCAAUCCGGUUACGGGGGGAACCCCAUGCAGGGGCAGGGCCAGCAGGGCGGGUUUGGGCCCAUGAUCUCACCGAUGGGCCAAGGCGGCAGCUUCCCUGGUAUGGGUGGAAUGGGGGGCAUGGGCCACCCCCGCGCCAACAUGAUGCGACCCAGGAUGAUGAAUACCAACAAACCCAUGAGGCUGCAGCUGCAGCAGAGGCUGCAGGGACAGCAGUUCAUGAAUCAGACACGGCAGGGCAUGGCGAUGAAGAUGGAGAACCCAGGAGGAAACCCUGGCAUGAGGCCUGGCAUGCAGCCCGGCAUGGGAGGGCAGAGCUUCCAGAUGAUGGUCCAGCGUAACCGAGACGUCGUCAACAUGCACAUGAGGAGGCAGCGCAUGAUGAUGCUGAUGCAGCAGCAGCAGCAGCAGGCGGCUGCAGCCGCUGCUGCAGCGGCGGGGGGAUUCAGCCCCCCUCCAAACGUCACGGCCCCCGGGGGCAUGGACACCCCCAUGGGAGGGCCAAACAUGGGCCAGCCGGGCCCCCAGCAGUUUGGCUAUGGUGGGAGCUACGGGAUGGGCCACCAAGGUGACCCCUCUUUUGGCCCAUCAGGUGGAAGUCCUCCUAAUGCCAUGAUGCCGGGUCGCCUGGGGCCCCAAAACCCCAUGAUGCAACAGCACUCCCAGGGGGGGCCCAUAUACCCGGGUGCCGACAUGAAAGGCUGGUCGCAGGGAGGCAUGGGGCGCAACAGUUCAUACCCCCAGCAGCAGUUUGGGCCGCAGGCGCCACUGGGCCAGCAGCAGUUCGGGCAGCAGGGGAAUCCAGGGCAGUACGGAGGCAUGAUGAUGAACGGGGCCAUGCCAGCCAGUGGAGGAGGAGGUCACAUGGGACAGAUGGGUGGACAGAUGGGAAUGAACCCGAUGGUUAUGGGGCGCAUGCCUAUGGGGCCUGAUCAGAAAUACUGCUGAUGGACGCGUCAGAAGCUUUUGUCUCACUGUGAUCUCCACCCAGAUUUGGCAGACGGCCGCCGCGCUGCAGUGUGCGCGGAUUUAAACCGGGCCUGUUGUGAUCCUCUGUGUAGCGCCGCAUUCCCACCAGACGGGGGAGUGAACUUCCCUCUGGAGCCGAUGGCCAGUGAUGUCAGUCUGACAGCCGGAGGAAAAAACAAGACAGACUGUCAAAUGAAAACACACAGCCUUCCUAAACAUCUGACAAACUGUUUCUCCGUCAUGCACAGACAGACGGACAUGAAUUCAAUGUUCCUCCCUGUCUGCGGAGCCCGCGUUCCUCCUGUAUAUCCUUUUUAUUGGACCAAAACGGUGAAGCCACACCACACGGACAAAUGUAUUUAAACAGCCUCUUCUUUUGUCGAAUGUACCAUGAAGCUAUAUUCAGAUGUAAAAUAUGUGGAUUCUGAACUUUCCAUCGGCUAUCGCUUUGCCGCUCCUGGAGGAUCCCUGCAAAUCAGGCUCUGGCCAAUGAGCCGCCGGGCUGUGACUCUCACAUGAAUGUUAUUAAGAAGUAGCACAUUGUUUGGUCGUCCAGGAUGCCGCUGAGUAGGACUGAACCGACCUGUUGGCUCGUUGCACUUUAAGGAAAAGCCAACAUCAGAUGGAUUGUGGCAAUUUAGAGGCCUUUAUUCAAGAAUUACGGAAAAGCAGCAGACGUUUCGUGUUUUUUUUUUUUGUUUUUUUUUCUUUUUUUCUAUUCACAUGUUCUUCAAAUUACUCAAGAUAUGAAAUUUAUAGUCGGGUAAACUUGGCAACCUUUGUUCCUCACUGGGAACCAGAGAAAUGUUGGUUUAAAAAAGUUUUUAAAAUUGCUCCUGAAAGAGUCCUUUUCCAAAACGUUUUACAGAUUUUUAAGUGAUCUUUUUAACAUUUAACGGUAAUUGUAACAUAUAUUCUGGUUAUCUUGCACAAGUUAGAACCACGUUAUGGUAACCAUGCCGGCUCUUGCGCAGGUCAUACGUGAUGUGGAUCCAUCCUCUGCUCUGUCCGUGAGCGUCCGUCUGAAGAUGUUCA